UUCGAAUAACGGAUUGAUAAAUACAAGUGAUUAAACAAAUGUGUUCAGAUUUCAACGGAACGUCACUUGGCCAUGUUGACCAGUAGGAUUGCUUCGGUAGGAUUUUUGAUCUUCGCUCUGGUCGGUGGAAAUACGGCGAAAAGUUUCAAUGGAUACCGUUUGUACGAAGUAAACCUUCGCACCGGACAGGAGAUCAAUCUGCUCAUGUAUCUCCAACAUCACAAACCCCAGGUGGACGUUUGGGUGCUGGAUGCGAUAAGUCCCAAGAAAGUUCUGGUACCUCCGACAUUGACCAAUGCAGUGGAAACCUUUUUCAAAAACUAUAAAGUAAAUUUUACAAUCAAGUCGGGAGAUUUCGGGAAGUACAACAAUCUCAGGAAACUAGGUUCUCAGCCGAUGGAUGAACCAUCGAUCUUGAACAGUUUUCCCUCAUACGAGGAGGUUAAUGAUUUUCUGAUGGGCCUCUCGACGAGGCACUUCGAAUGGGUUCGAUUCCGCAUAGUAGGGUGGUCAGUUGAAGGGCGGCCAAUUCGCGCUUUGACCAUAAAUCCGAAGAAAAAAGACGCAAUCAUUGUAGACGCCGGAAUCGAUGGUAGGGAAUGGAUAACGGUGUCCGUAGCAUUGUAUCUGAUGCAGAAAUUGGUUGAGGACAGUGAUCAGUAUCGGGUUCUGAACCAGUACAAAUGGGUCAUAGUUCCCCUGGUGAAUCCGGAUGGGUACAUCUAUUCGGCCGAAGAAGAUCGGUAUUGGAACAAAAAUCGGAGGGGCAGUGGACAAUGCGUGGGUGUGAAUAUUGAUCGAAAUUUUGCCUAUCGAUGGGAGCUUGGCUCCGAACUGUUUUCCGGCGAAUGUCACUCCGAAUUCCGUGGGUACAGUGCUUUCUCUGAACCCGAGUCACGAGCUAUGAAAACUAUCAUCGAGAGCAACACCGACGCUAAAAUGUAUGUGAGUAUUCGCAGCUUCGGCGGAUAUAUUGCGUAUCCUUGGAGUCAUACUAAUACUUCGGUCAAGAACGUGGACCGACUUAGGAACAUAGCAGUGAGUGCAGCUCGAUCCAUUUGGCUGUACAGCAACAGGGAGUACAAGGUGGGCUCAAGUGCGGACAUUCUUCGAUAUCGAGCCACUGGCACCAGCAUGGACUAUGCGUACUCCAGCGGAAUCCCUUUGGUGUUUAGGUUCCAAAUAGCCGAGCACGCCGAUAGUGAUUUUCAGCCAGCGCCAUCUGACAUUGAUACAAUCGUGAAGGAAACGUUCGUUGGCAUCAAGGAGUUGGUAUACUCAAUACAAAGGUCGACAACUCAAAAACCACGCAGAUGGGGAUAACUGAACGCAAUUUUAUGAACUUAAUUAACGACUCGUUUGGAUUUUUUUUAAUAUGACAAUUUGCGCCGGUGGUCUUCAGAUCUUCCUAAAAAUUCGAAAUUAUGUUAAUUUUUACGACAUAAAAAUACAUGAUUUUUUUCAGA